CAAACUAAAAAUAAAAAAUCAAAUUUAAAAAUUAGUUAUAUAUAAUUUAAUAUACAAAAAUUCACAUACAAAUAAAAAUGAUAAAUGUAAUAAAUUUAAAAAUAUAUUAUCCGCGCGUAGCGCGGAGAAAGGAUCUAGUAUUGUUAAAAAUGUAAAUAAAGAUAACUAACUCUUUUUUAUUUCAUUUUAAAAAUGUAUUUCUACUUUAUUAGACCAAAUUACCAUUUCUCAUUUAUAUUUCAGUUUCUUUUCUAACUAUGUAUUAUAUAAAUUCUGAAUUUGUGACUUAAUAGAAUUUGAUUUUUAUGUAUAUCAAGAAUCUUUUAAAUAAAAUUAAAAAUAACUGAGUCAAACUUUUUAUCUAUUAAAUAAAUAAAUAAACAAGAAACUGUGAAUUUUUGUGGGUCAAACUUGAUCCUUUUAUAUCGGAAUUUUAAAAGACACAUAGCUUAAUUUAAAUGUAUUUCAAUUUGUGAUUCAUAUAUUAAUAUACUUCUCUGUCUUUCUAAACUUUAAAACAUCAUUAGUUCAUUAUCUAAGAUGAAAAAUUAUUUUCGAUCUUUACUUAUUGGUCUCAUCAUGCUCACAAUUCUUCUACUUGGUUUGUAUUUACAUUUACAACUUUACUAAUAUAUUAUAUAAUUGUUCUAAAAUAAAUUUAAUUUGAUGCCGUAUUAUUUAAUAUACUUAUAUAACUUGUAUGUCUAUAAUGUAAUACUGAGUUUACUAAUUUCCAAGAAUAAAUAAUGAUUAAGAAAAAAAAUGUUUAGACUUUUAAAUUAGUCUACAAAUAAAAAAAAACACAAGCAUAUUUAUUCAAAAUAAAAAUAAAAUAAUUUCCUAUUCCAAAUACGAAAAGUAAAGGUAUGUUUUGAUUUUUAAAAACAUGAGUAAUGGCGACUGCUCAGAAGGGAGGACCAAUAAUCCCAUAAACUUGUGUUGAAAAUUACCCAGACAAAGCUGGAAAAUGUGAUCUCGACCAAUGUAAAUCCCGAUGUACCAAACGUAGGAAAAAUGGGCAAGGUAGUUGCAUUGAUACAUGUAAAGGAUAUAUGCAAUGCAGAUGCGCUUAUCCUUGCUGCCGUCCCUGAUUUUUUAUCUACUUGAAACUCAAAUAAUAUUUAUAAUAAUACUGCGCUUUUAUCAAUGAAAAGAAUUAAAGUAUUAAUAAUUUGUUGGUGUUUGUGGUGUAAUAAUGUGUACUAGGUUACCCAAUAUAAAUAACAAAUUCUUAUAUAUCUAUCUUCGUAUACAAUAACGUGAAAUGAUAAAAAAAUAUAUUAAAUGAAAAUCAGUGUUUUAAUUUCAUAUAACAACUGAAAGAAAAAAAACUUAAAUUUCUACCGUUUAGCAACUUCAAAGUCAAAGUCAGAUAUUUUUUCCUUUAUGAUCUAUAUAAUAUUUCAUAGAGAUUUAACCAAAAAGGAGUGUUAACCAUUUUUUUAUCAUCGAGAUGCAUACUCAAUUAAGAUUUUUCAAAUCACCUAGUAGCUAUGUGUCUAUAUAAACAACUAAGGAUAGUUGUUUCCGAGCACUAUACGUUAGACUGUCUUGUUUUGUAUUCUCCGUUCGGGGUACAUAUAUGAACUCUGAGUGAUUGAAGCUCUCUUUCAGGAGUUGAAUAUUUUCCAAAUAAGUUGUAAAAGCAGACCAUUAUGCUGGUUCGGUUACCAUCUUCACCAAUUGAGAACAAUAUAUUGUAAACAUCACAUGUAAAUAUCGUAAAUUCUUUGUACUUUCUAUUUCCCAGAUGAGGGCCAGUUCAGAAUGAAAGUGUGACAUGCUGGCUCUCUUGUUCCUUGUCUCCAUUAGCUUAUCAAAACCUUCCAAAGUACUGUACCAUUCUUGCCCCGAGAAAUUAUCAUGAGUUUUCCAUGAUCCAUCUGUAAAAUACUAUUGUCCCCGUAUUUGAGGUAUUGUUGACAAAUCACCUCCCUAGAUUGGGCGACCCUUUGUGCUAGUGAUGUUGGUUGGUGCCUCAUGCCGAAGUGUUGAUUCAAUUUCUGCCAAUUGGAUAGUGUCUCUAAGAUCGAUAUCUAUAUUUCUAAAAACCAUAUUGUUCUACAUUUUUAAAUGUACAAUAGGAUUCAUGCAUACUGAUGAUUAUCUAUAUGUGGCUUAAAACCCUCCAAAACAAAUGAUCUAUAUUUGCAAAAAUUGAUUGGUAAUAAAAAAUAAGUCGAUUCGAUGGAAUCUGUAAGAGAGCUCAUACUUGGACAACCGGAAGACAUUAAAAAAUACAUAAUUUAUUGACUUAAACAGGCUAUAAGAGAAAAAGUGCCAACUGAUUUCAGAUCAAAACCCAUUCUGCUAUCAAGUCAUUUCUAUUUGUCCUUUCUCAAAAAAGUCAUUUCCAUUUGUCACAUUUUUCAAAUCUUUUGUAGUCUAAAGCUUCGAGUGGUUUACUUAUAUUUUUCUUCCCUUUCAUUUUCGUUGGAUUUUUUCAGGGGACGAUUUAGAAAAUACAUUCAACAAAAUACAAAACUAUUAACCAAGUUGACAAGUAUUCGCAAGACUUCCCAAGUAAUCAGCUCCACCAAUUAAUUAGCUCCUUCUAUAUAAAUGAGGACGCACAUGCAGAAGUACUACAUAAUCUAUUUUACUCCACCCAAAAGAACAAAUAAAAAGGCAUAAUGGUUCGUAAACAAAGUUAUUGUUAUUUCUUCUGCUUUAUUUUUCUCCAACUAUACUUUGUUGUUUCUUCUACACCCCAUCUUUGCCGCCAUGACCAGAGGGAUGCUCUUCUGGAGUUUAAAGAUGAGUUUCCAAAUCUUCAGUAUAGCCCAAGAGCGAGUAAUACAUCAUUAAGCUCAUGGAACAAGAGCAUGGAUUGUUGUUCUUGGGAGGGUGUCACAUGCGAUGGCAAAUCUGGUGAGGUGAAUUCGCUUUAUUUUUAUUCAAUUUUCCUCAACAACUCUCUGAAAGAAGAUAGUGGCCUUUUUAGACUCACACAUCUUCAAAACCUAACCCUUAGUAAUUGUUGUCUUCAUGGAAACAUCCCUUCUUCAAUAGGAAACCUUUCUCAACUCAUAACGCUUGAGCUUUCCAGUAAUAAGUUAGUAGGUCAACUUCCACCGUCAAUGGGAAACCUAACCCAACUAAGAUUCCUUGUCCUUUCCCAAAAUAACCUUAGUGGCAAUAUUCCUGUGUCCUUUUCCAAUUUAAAGGAGCUGGUCAAUUUAGACAUCUCAAGCAAUCAAUUCACGGGUGGAAAUUUUCCUUUUAUACUGCCAAAUGUAACCAGUUUGUAUAGACUUCCACUUGGGGUGAGUGGACUAUCCAAAUUGGAGAAUUUUGAUAUGCAUGACAACUCAUUGUCUGGGCCUCUUCAUACAUCAUUAUUCAUGAUUCCUUCCUUGACAUGGGUUGAUUUUAGCGGAAACUAUUUGGAAGGGCCGAUAGAGUUUGGAAACAUUUCAUCGUCGUCUAGGCUUGAAUAUUUAUUUCUUGCUAAUAACCAAUUCAAAGGCACAAUCCCCACCUCUAUAUCAAACUUAGUCAACCUCAUUCAUCUUGAUCUUUCCAACAAUAACUUAGAAGGCCAAGUGCCAGGGUGGCUUUCGCAACGGCAACAGGUAAUGCUUUCUCAAAACUCUUUCAACAGUUUUGAAAAAUCAUGGGAAGUUUUCGACGAAACAAACAUGGAGGCGUUGGAUCUUCGUUCGAACUCAUUCCAAGGAACGUUUCCUUAUUGGAUAUGCAAGCUUAGAUCAUUACGGUUCUUAGAUGUGUCCGACAAUCUUUUCACUGGCUCGAUCCCUCAAUGUUUAAAGAACUCCACUGCUUCUCUUACCUAUCUAGUUCUGCGUAACAAUAGUUUCAGUGGCAUUCUCCCAAACAUAUUCUUCAACGCGACACAGCUAAUCUCACUUGACGUUAGCCACAACCAGCUGGAAGGAAAAGUUCCCAAAUCUUUGAUCAAUUGCAAAGCCAUGCAACUUCUAAAUAUGGAAAGCAACAGAUUCGAGGACGAGUUUCCAUCUUGGUUGGGUUCUCUACCUUCUUUAAAUAUCUUCAUCCUCAGAUCAAACCAAUUCUAUGGGCCGUUGUAUCACAACAACCGCCUAUCCAUUGGGUUCCAAGCUUUAAAAGUGAUUGAUCUCUCAAACAAUCAUUUCAGUGGAAGCUUGCCCAGUUUCUAUUUUUCCAACUGGCAUGAAAUGACUACAUUAACGGGGAACUAUGAUGACUCAUACAUGGAAUACUACGUCUACUAUGCUGCUGUUUAUUAUAAUUCCAUGGAAAUGGUUAAUAAAGGGGUAAAUACGGAAUUUGAGCGGAUCCGACAAGACUUCAGAGCCAUUGACUUUUCGAGAAACAAUUUUUGUGGAAGUAUACCCGAAUCCAUUGGAUUGUUGAAAGAGUUGCAUCUUCUCAACGUGUCGGGUAAUACAUUCACAAGCAAUAUUCCUCAAUCGUUGAAAUAUUUGACAAAGCUCGAGACACUAGACCUGUCUUGGAAUCAGUUGUCUGGUCAGAUCCCUGGAGGUCUUGCAAGCCUCUCGUUUCUGUCGAGCAUGGACUUUUCGCACAACAAUCUCCAAGGUCCAAUACCACGAAGCACACAGUUUCAAAGCCAGAACUGUUCUUCGUUCAUGGACAACCACAAACUCUACGGUCUCGAAGAAAUAUGCCGUGAAACUGAUCAUGCCCCUAAUCCUACACCACAAGCUUAUGAAGACUUGUUUGAGCGAGAAGAAGAACGAGUAAUUAACUGGAUAGCAGCAGCAAUAGCCUAUGGACCUGGUGUGUUUUGUGGACUGGUGAUUGGACAUAUUUUUGUGUCACAGAAACACAAGUGGCUUACCGAACGUCAUCUCUUAUAGUCUCUCUAAGCAUUCUGAUCGGCAUGAAUAUUCGUAUUAUUCAGGUGUGUUUUAGAAAAACUCUGUUGUGUUUGUAAUUUUAUAAUAUAAGGCUUUGUAAUAAACGUCUUCAGUGGUAUGCGACAGUGAAAAUAUGCACUUGUUUAGAAACUUCUUUCAACUCUGAUCUUAACUCGACAGUAAAAUAUAAUUUUGAAUUGUUCGAGUGUAGGAGCAGGAGUUGUAGUUGUUUUAGAAUAGCUUCAAGUUACUUAA